AUGGCCGACCAGGACCACGACAGGUAUGGAAUUCUACCUGAUUCGGACCGUCCUGGUGAUGUCCUCUACAACUGGACGGAUCACAAGAACAAGAUACAUAAUAUGGGUUGGGGAGGAUGCAAUCCCGCGAGAUGGAUAUAUGAACUUCUGAACAACAACUUUACCACAUGCGAUCUCUUCACGCGAGCGCAACAAGCGAACCUUGAAGUUCCCUACCCAUGGCAAGACCACACCCAUCGACUGAUCCUAAAUGGCAACCAGAGUUUCGUCAGCCUCGGAGCGCGCAUGUUAUCCUCAGUGUGUAUCGAUUGUCACUUCCAUUUUGUGUUCAAUCUGUUAUGGGACGAGGAGCAUGCCGGCGCUCUCUGCAAUCACAACCAAAAACAAUGGCCACCAAGAGAUGGCAGAUUUCCCUGGCACCACUUGGCCUGGGCUGGCACGGAUUCAGACGAAAACGUCGCCAAGCGACAUUCUAAAUAUUACCCACUUGUUACCCGCGAGACCUUUGCAUGCUCGGCUGGGCCCUGCACAUUUUCAAUUAACCUUGAAAUCUCGAUGCCUCGCAUGCCUUUGUGGUGGAUUAAUCUGCUGCUUGACUCUGACACGAUUCGGGAGGAGCUGCGUAUUGCCAAGGAAAACGAUCCAGAACGCUACGCGACUGCGACUGAUGACUGGGCGAUGCAAGCCCCCAUAAAUCUAAACACCUACCUCAAGAACUUGAUAGAGGCAACGUCUCAAGAAGGUGCUAGAAGUAUUUCUAAACGCAACAAAAGAUUUGCUGUGCUAUUCGGCCCUCGCUGUUUCAGCAUAUUCAGAGAGCUUGAAUUUGACGAAACCAUUGAUAUCAGGGAGGAUGAUGGUGUGGACGAAGGGACAUUCACGCCCAAAGUUCCCUACCCACCCGACGCCCCAAAUGGUGCUACCAAAAUAGGCACAUAUCGCGGAUAUAUUGAGGAUGUCAGGGCUGAAGUCCAGUGCUUGAUUCACAAACGAGGGGAACCCGCCGAGCUUUGCACUCCCAGUCUCCACGCCCACCUGGGCUGCUCAGAGGUCCCGAAUGUCAGCUCUAAUGUGUUUGUCAAUCUCGACCGUUACAAAUUGAUGGGUGUGUUGCCAAAUCAGGACAAGGGAAUCGUCGACAAUGCUUACAGAAGACAAUGGGAACUGCUGCCAAAGAAAAGAAGAGAAUUGAUUGAGGCACUUGGACAAAUCGCCAACGAUCUGAACGACCGGGAUUUUAGUGAAUAUGCCAUGAUACAAGAGUCUGUGUUUGGGAGUCAGGUUCCAACACAGACCGACAACGGGGAUGCCGAGUUGACGAACCAGGCACUGCUUUUUUUCGGUCUGCAGCCACCAAAUAACUAUAACGCAGAUUCAAUAGUGCUGGCAUACCGACGCAAGGUGGUGAACGAUCCCAGCGAUGUUGAUGCUGCACAUAGCAUGUUGAUGCUGAUCUCCAAUGCGACAAGUGAUGAGUCCUACAAAGCCUCUUUGGAGAAGGAAUACCUGGAGAAAUUUUCUUUCACCACUGCCAAGGAGAUCCUUGGAUUAAGCGAUGCAAGCAUCGAUUCCGAUACUCUUGAUAAUUUCAAACAGAAGGUCCAGAAUACCAAAGACAAGGAAGCCAAAACAACUUACUUGGACGCCAUGGACAAGAUCGCCGAUCACACCCAGUCCGCAGAACUCAAAGGAGAGGUUGCUCAGUUGCGACAGCAGAACGAUAUUAUUGGCUCUGAUCUGACCAAUACCAGUAAUCCAAACCAACCUGCAGACUAUGAUCUUCCGGUUGGACUGGAGAACAUCGGAAACACAUGUUACCUGAACAGUCUUUUACAAUACCUCUUCACUGUCAAGCCUGUACGAGAUAUUGCCGUCCGUUACGAUGAUUUCAAGCUCGACUUGACCGAUGAAACGAUUGAGCAUCGGAGGAUUGGCGGCAACAAGAUGCGGAUGAAGCGUGAAGAGGCUGUUGUUGCUCAAGCUUUUGCCAAAGAGCUUUCAGAGUUGUUUACAAAGCUUGAAAACUCGGAUAUGAGAGCAACGAGACCCUCACAGAGAUUGGCAAAUGCUGUCCUUCUGGAUACAGACACCCUCGUGAAAUCCGCCAAUACUUCUGCCGAUUCGGCUACUGGAAACCAGCCGCCGCCACUCCCAACAAGACCACCGCCAGGUCCUCCAGCUAAUGAUUCCGAAGAUGUAGAGAUGGCUACUACAAAUGUGAAGGAUGAUCGCGACCCGAUUGAUACAGCCAGUACCGUUAGCUCACAGACACUUAUCGGGGACGAUUCCGACCGUUCUUAUGACAAAGUUGAAACUUCCCCAGCAACCAACAAUGGCCAAGUCAUUGAUACUGUAAUGGAAGUUGAACAGGACGAUGAUGUGGUUGAGAUCAGUCGACCAAGUCACCAAGCCGAUGAGGUUGUCGGAACCCCUGAGAAGAGGAACAUUGAUGAUUCUAAAAAGGAUCAGUCUACUGAUACGGAAAUGACAGACGCCAAGGACCCCUCGACCAUUGACCAGAAAGUCCUGACCGCCCUGGAACACCAGGACAGAUCUUCUGGCACAGAUCAACAAGAUGUUGAGGAAGUCAUGGGCAAUAUCAUCAGCCGUCUCCAAGCCGCCAUACAACCGUCCUAUGUCAACGAUGUUACAGGGAUUCAGAUGGAAUCAAUUAUGGAGACAUUCUUUGUCACGACAAUCAAUUACACAAAGAAGGCAGACCAGGACACUUACCAGAAGGAAAUCAGUUUUGAUCGAUUCAUUACGGCUUUUCCUUCUCCUCAGGGUGGAACAUGCUCACUGUAUGAUGCACUCGGCCGUAAUUUUGACCUCCAGGCUAUUGAGGGAAGCGAACAGUCACGAUAUACAGCCAUCGAGACGCUGCCGCCUGUGCUGCACGUCCUUAUUCAGCGUUCGCAAUCCGUUAAUGGAAAGAAUGACAAUCCGGUUGAAAUCCCUGAAACACUAUACCUCGACCGAUUUAUGGACACUCCUCACGAUUCGAUGACGUUUAAAGAGCGCGAAAAGAGCUGGGCAGCUGCUAAUCGUAUAUCUGAGAUCAACGCAUCCAUAGCCGCAGCAGAGAGUACUGGCCCAACUGGCCCCUUCCUAGAAAGCCUCUCACAGGAAGAAAAAGCGGACGACAGCAAUGCGCCCACAACGGAAGACAUCGCAAUGGUUGAUGGCGGAGAGGAUGCAGAAGAGACAUGGGAAUUCGACGGUCCGGUAGAUGACGAUUUCUUGAUGGUCAACAGGCCCAGCAAACGCGCAGUGUCUGCAACUGAGCUGUCCGAUGUGCCACAAAACAUCAAUGAGAUCGAAUCUUCUGUCCGAGAGCAAAUGAAGACCGAGCUCAAAGAAACUACAGACCAUCUGGAGACAUUUUAUGCUCAACUCAAGAGCAACCCCUACCGCCUCCACGCUGUCAUUUGUCACAGGGGCAGUCUCAGAUCUGGGCACUACUGGGUGUGGAUUUAUGACUUUGAGCAAAACGUUUGGCGCAAAUACAACGACUCGAACGUUGAGGUCAAACACAGCACAGAUGAAGUCCUCAAAACACUGAGCUCUAGUGGCGAGCCUUACUUUCUCUGCUAUGUCCGUGAUGAGGACAAGGAAGAGUAUGUUGACCGCUCGAGAUCACGCAAGCGGCCAAAGGAAGAAGAAGACUUGUGCGAUGACAGCUCUGACAGCUCUGACGAUCUUGCUAAUAUCGAUGACAAGGAACUCGACCAGUACAUCCUUAACACAUUCGAUGACACCAGCAGGGACGCAGUUGAUGAUUUCUUCGGCUUUGGUUUUGGCUACAAUGAUGCAAAAGUCGCUAAAGCCAGGGACUUGGAAUUCUUCGCAAUGGCUGCUACAGAUACACCUUUUGAAUCUCUUGAAGACCCAGGGGCUCACGACACUAAUCCCAAUACUCCGAAGGACUCUGAUUCCGAUACGUCAGGGGAAACGGUGGCAACGGAGAUUGUAGCAGUUCCAGUAUCCCCGGCAAAGCGAGCAAAGGUUGUUAGACGUGGAGUGCCUAGAUUACGUGCGGUACCUGCAUUGAAGCGAGAAGGACGAAUUCAAUCAUCUCAAGACAAGAAGUCAAAGGGUUCAUAUCGGCCACCAGAAAACAGAAACUCCGUCAGAACCUCUAUCGAUUCCGAUGAAGAAAAUCCUAGAAAACUUCGUGGCAUGGUUGAUUACAUCAGGGAAGCGUUGCAGAAAAAGGCCUCACAGGAUGUUAAAGAUAAAAACAUUAAGAUGGAAGAUGGGGAGGUAGACACCAAGAUGGAAGACAUCCCUGACAUCAAAAUGGAGGACAUUAAAGGCAUCAAGAUGGAAGAUGGAGAGGCGGAAAAUUGA